AUGGCGGCUUCCACAACCACCCUUUCUAAAUUCAUCGCACAUUUUCGUUCAAGAAAACAGAAACCCAAUUCCCAGCCUCAACCUCAAACCACACCAAUCGAUAACCAUCCUCCACUAAACCCUUCACCCCUUCCAUUGGUCCUCCCAGAACACCAACACCUCCUUUCCCAUCACGGCUGGACCAUUAUCACCAUUCCUCAGCCAAAUGCAACUGAUUCAUCAUUUCCUCCGCACCCACUCCAAGCCGCCUACCAAGACCUAUUCCUUGCCGUUCAGUCCUUUUUCGACUCGCCCGACGAAGAGAAAGCCAAAUGGAAGCAUCGUCUAGGCACCGAGGAAGGUUGGUCCAAGAUUCCAGGAGAGAAAGAAUUCAUCACACUGCGCACUCUCGCGUACACGCCUGAUGUGCUCAAAGCACCAGCGAAGCGAUAUUGGAAACUCAUGGGUGCGCAUUUGGACUCUACGUUAGGCCGGAUUUCCAUAUCCCUCAACCUAUCUGCCGAAGAAGACUCGGGCUUAAGAAAAUUCGUCGGACCCUGCGCACAAAUGGGAGAAAAUGAAGAAGACAAAACAGCCACCAUGCUGCGCAUCUUCAGGUACGAAGGGUGGGAAACCAAAGUUGUAGCUGAGCCGCACAGCGAUUUGGGACUAUUGAGUGCAGUGGUCGGCGAUGUCCCGGGGUUGGAGGUCUGGGAUGGGAAUAGCUGGAUUGACAUUGAAAGGGGCUAUAUAGGACAUCAAGCGACGUAUACUGUGGGGCGGCAGUUGGAGAGGCUGAGCAAUGGGCGGUACCCGGCGGGCGGACAUAGGGUUGUGUCGUAUGGUGCACCAGAGCCGCGUUCUUGCACCCCUAGUGGUAACCCGGGAGGGGUCAGCACAAGCGUCAAGAGAUAUCGGCAUAGUAUCGUAUUCGUGCUGAGGGCGCAUGAACCUGUUGUUGUGGAGUGCAAGCAGCUUGAAACGCAGAUCACAGGAAAGUGGGUAGAGCCUGCCACAGGUGUUACGGCUGGGAAGAUGUACGAGGAGAUCCGCAACAAGCACUUCAACAUCAACAUCGGGCACGAGGAGCGCGAAAAGCAGAGGCGGAAUGUGCGAGGAGGGAAGGCUGGGGAUAGGGAGAGUAAGAGCCAGGCAGCGGGUUGA